AUGGUGGACCACUUGCUUCCAGUGGACGAGAACUUCUCGUCUCCGAAGUGCCCAGUUGGUUACCUGGGUGACAGGCUGGCCAGCCGGAGGGCAUACCACAUGCUACCUUCGCCCCUCUCAGAAGACGACAGUGAUGCCUCCAGCCCCUGCUCCUGUGCCAGCCCGGACUCUCAAGCCCUCUGCUCCUGUUACAGUGGAGGCCUGGGCACUGAGGGUCAGGACAGUAUUUUGGAUUUCCUGUUGUCCCAGGCCACCCUGGGUGGCGGCAGCAGUGGUGGCAACUUGGGAGCCGGCAGUGGCUCCAUGGCCUGGGGUUCCUGGCGCAGGGCCCCAGCGCCUGGGAAGGGCGAACACUUCUGCUUCCCUGAGUUUCCUGUGGGUGACCCUGAUGACGUCCCGAGGCCCUUCCAGCCCACUCUGGAGGAGAUUGAAGAAUUCCUGGAGGAGAACAUGGAGCCGGGAGCCAAGGAGGUCGCUGAAAGCGGUAGCAAGGAUGCAGAAGCCUGCGGGCAGCUCUCAGCCGCUGGGACACACAGGAACCCCAUCCAUUCGGGCUCUGGCGGGACAGAGCGUGCUACUCCUCCGCCAGGUGCUGCCGCUGUAGGUAACGCCCAGAGCCCAGGCGCGGGGCCUGCGUCAGAUGGCCCCGUUCCGGUGCUCCUGCAGAUCCAGCCCGUGCCUGUGAAACAAGAAUCGGGUAUGGGGCCUGCCUCCCCCAGCCAACCCCCGGAGAGCGUCAAGGUCGCCCAGCUCCUGGUCAACAUCCAGGGUCAGACCUUCGCACUGGUGCCACAGGUGGUGCCCUCUUCCAACUUGAAUCUGCCCUCAAAGUUUGUGCGUAUUGCCCCUGUGCCCAUUGCUGCCAAGCCCAUGGGGUCAGGAGCUCUGGGACCUGGACCGGCUGGCCUCCUCGUGGGUCAGAAGUUCCCCAAGAACCCAGCAGCAGAACUCAUCAAAAUGCACAAAUGUACUUUCCCGGGGUGCAGCAAGAUGUACACCAAAAGCAGCCACCUCAAGGCCCACCUGCGGCGGCACACGGGCGAGAAGCCCUUUGCCUGCACCUGGCCGGGCUGCGGCUGGAGGUUCUCACGCUCCGACGAGCUGUCACGGCACCGGCGCUCGCACUCUGGUGUGAAGCCCUACCAGUGUCCUGUGUGCGAGAAGAAGUUCGCGCGGAGCGACCACCUCUCCAAGCACAUCAAGGUGCAUCGCUUCCCACGGAGUAGCCGCUCCGUGCGUGCGAUGAACUGAGCAUGCCCCACGGGGCCUGGCCUGGUACCCUGGGCCUCACGGUUCUAUGUCUUUUUUU